UAAUGAUACAACGACCAUCGUCAGAUUAGCAGAGAAUUUAUAUGUACUAGUUUACUCAAAGUUAAUUUGGAACAAUAAAGCAGCGUUGGGGGAUUCUUAGGACGUCACACUCGCAGCAUAACAGUUCACCGAGUGCGCGUGUUGCUGAACAGCUGAUUCUGUGCGCCAUGGACAGUUCCAUUCUGCAACCCUAGCAUCCAACGCAGUAUAUAAACCCCCUAUACUACGGCACAGCAGAAGCACCAUCAGUCUCGCAAUGGAGCGUUUGCUGAAGUCACCCGGCAGGAGACAUGAAGAACGGCAUCAAACGCGCACAUCAUCCCAGGUGAUGUCAAGGGCUAGCUUUAGCCCUUGUUUAGCAACCUCGCUGAGCAUAGGAAAUGGAACCGUAAGAACAGAAUUUGGGUCAGCUGGGAAAUCAGUCGACAGCUUUGACUUCUCGCAUCAGUUUUCAGGUGAAAUGCCUUUGAGAAAAAUGAAUGAGAAAGAAUUACUCCACGGCCUGAACGACCGCUUCGCUAGAUUUAUCGAAAGGGUUCAUCAACUAGAAAACCAAAACAGAGCGCUUGAGAGGGAAAUAGAAGACAUUAAAUCAAAAGCAAAAUCGUCCGCCUCUCUGUCCAAGGAGUACGAACCUGAGUUGAAAGAAUUAAGGAGACAAUUGCAAGAAAUAUCUGUGCAAAAACGUCAGAUUGAGAUAAAUCAGCAGAAUUUGGAGGAUGAGUUUAAUACUUUGAGGGAGAAAUACGAACAAGAAGCGCGCGGCAGAUCUGGGGCUGAAGAAAGCAUUACAGUAUUGAAGAAAUAUAUCAGUGACGCAUAUUUGGCAAAACAAGAGAUGAAUAUAAAAUCGAAAGCUCUUGAAGAUGAGAUUAAUUUCCUCAAGAAAAACCACGAGAUUGAAGUGGUAGAGAUUAUGGCCCAAAUCCAGGAAAGACAAGUAACAACAGAAGUAAGUGGCUUGGGUGGAAGCGAUAUCACCGCAGCAUUGAGAGACAUCAGGAUGCAACUUGAAGGUCACGCGGUCUGUGAUAUCCGAUACGCAGAUGAACGCUUCCGCACACAGGUAGCCAAACUGACCAAAGCUGCCGAGGUCAACAGAGAAGCACUGAUAGCCACUAAAGCGGAAAUGACAGAAUACAGGCGGCAGCUACAGUCCAAGAACCUCGAGUUUGACUCUGUGAAAGGAACCAGAGAAGCACUGGAAAGACAAAUAUAUGACGUAGAGCAACGUCACAACGCUGGAAUCCAUCAGUAUCAGGACACCAUCAGAGAACUGGAACAUGAGUUGAAAAAUGCCAAAUAUGACAUGGGCAGCCAUGUGCAGGAGUACCAGGACCUGCUCAAUGUGAAAAUGGCCUUGGAUGCUGAAAUAUAUUCAUACAGAAAACUUUUGGAAGGUGAAGAAUCAAGGUAUUCCACUCUCUCUGAUGCACAUAUUUCAGCACCAUAUGUUUAUAGGCAGUCGCCUGUCUAUACUCUCCCUUGUGUCACAAGGCAGGGGGCAGUGACUCGGAAAGCAGAGCCACAGUACAAGUUUGUUGAGGAGAUCAUUACAGAGACAACCAGGGAAGAUGUAGAGAUAUCAGACAUGGGGUCUGAUGAUGCUGGUGGGGAGGGAAAGGGAGAGCAGCCAGAGAAGGUCAAAAGUGAAGAAGAGGAGGCAUGUAAGAUAGCACAGAGUCAAACUGCCUCUGAGACACUGGAGUCCCAAGAAUCAGUUGCAGUGGAUGACAAAGGCAGCCCCAAAGUAGAUGAAGAUGGAGGAAAACCAGCAGAGAAAGGAGAGAAAUCAUCAGAGAAGCCUGUUGAUGUUUCUAUCCCUAACAAUGAAGCAAACGCUGAUACUAACCCAACACAAAGCCAAAUAACCACAUCUAAACUCACUGAAGAGAAGGAGGAUAAAGAUUCCAGCAAGGCUGCUGACAUGGAGUCCACAAGCCAGGAGGCUGAAACAAGGGCACCACAAGCAGAUAUAGCUGGUGAUGAAAAGAUGGUCCAUGAUAUUGAACAACAGAAACAAGAAGGAGCAGAAGAGAUAUGUAGAGAUAACAUAAAGCAACCCAAGCUAACGGAAGAGGAAGCCUUGCGGGAGACUGUGACAAAGUCUAAAGAAAAGACAAAUAAUCUUAUUCCACCACCACUGAAAUACCCCAAGCCAAGUGAAAAGGCAACAGAGAAAAUCUUGCAGAAAUCUGAGGACAAAAAGGUGACAGAAGAGACACCACAUGCAGUUGAGGCUCAAAAUGUUGCAAUGGCAAAACCAACAAAGAAAGACAUGGAAAACAGCAAGAUGCAAUUCACAGAGGCCAGUGCUCGUACUGCUGACCCGCAGCCAGCGUUUCCGAAAGCUGAGGUAGGACAGAUGAUCGCUUCAAAAAGGGCAAGCGAAAUAGAACCACACAGCAGUGCAGAAACUUCGAAAGCUGACCCACACGAUUUGCAAAUGAUAGAAAGAGCAAAAGACAAAGUGGAGGAGGUGCAAAAAGACCUGGAGGCAAAAAAGCGGGUAGAUGGAGUAAAGAAAGAAGUACCACUAAAAGCUAAAGAAAAGGAAAGACAAUCUGAAGAGCAGGCAGAGAAGAAAGUGGACAGCAAACCAGCUGCUGAGACAGCACCUGCGGAGGAAGAAAUUGGAGAAAGUGUCAGGUCAAGAGAGGACCAAAAAAUGCAGGCUGAUGCCUCUAAACCCAUUGCCAAAGAAAAAGAAGUUGAGAUGUCUGAGGGAAAGCAAAAUAGCGCAAAAGACAUGACAGACAGUGCAAAAGAAGACAAAGAGGAAGGUGCCAAGUUAAAGGGAGCAGAAAAAGUGCUUGAUCAAACGCCAAAGGAAGAAGAGAAAAAAGUUGCGAUGGUGGAGACCAGAUCAGAGCAGCCAUCUCACAAACAUACAGAUGAUGAUAAUGGUGUUAAAACAGUUCACAAAGAAACUCUUAAACUAUCUGAAAACCAGACAGAGAAUGUUGAGAAGAAAGAACCCCCUAAAGCUGCAGAAAAGGAAACAAAAUCUAGUGAAGACAUGGAUAAAAAAGAGACCAAAGAGAGCCAACUGGACACUUCUGAGGAAACUAAAGAGGCAGAUAUAGCUGAGACUAAAGGUCAAGAAAUGCACAGCAAAACAUCCAAGGACAGUCUGCGUGAGCAAACGGCUCCAAAGGUUUCACUAGAAAAAGAGCAACGGAAAGAUGACACAAAAAAUGACAAAGACUUGCAUGAAGGCAGGGACACAAAAACAGAGAAAUCAGACAAGACAGAGAGUGGAAUAGAGGCUGAAGGCCCAAAAGUGCACAGCACAAAACCUGAAGGUCCUAAAACAGACAGUGCAUCAAAAGAUUGCAAAAAGCUUGAUCAAAGUCUAGAGUCUGCUCCAAAAAAGUCAUCUGAGAAAGGGCAAGAUGAAGACAAAGCAAGGGUUCCUGACAAGCAGGGUGACCCCAAGCAGAACAAAGACGUGCCAGAGGUAACUGAAAAUGGAAUAACUUCUUAAGAGACUCAAAUUGUGGAAACACUUUUUGAGAUAUGUUAACCUGAACAGGCUUUGAGAUGCAGACUGGAAUUUAAAUGUCAGUUCAAAUAAUGAAGAUGUAUAUGGCAUUAAAAGCUUUCAAACAAUGCAUGACCAGAUUUCAGGUGACCAAAUAACAAAUAGUUGCAGUGACAGCCUAAAGGCUAUGUCUAAUGACCAUGACUAAUGAAUGCAUGUGUAUUGACAUCUAGGUGUUGAAGCUAAUGAACCUAAUGAGUAUAAGAAAAAAAUAUAUAAAGAAUGUUUAAUGAUCAAAUUAAAUAUUUUUGCUAUACUGGUAGCUCUAUUUAGAUAAAUGUGUACAUUAAAAGAAUGCUACAUGUUGUAGGAAUAAAUA